UUGCAACGGCGAUGGAACUCUUAUGAACAUUUUCGCUGGCCCGAGGGCGGUUGGUGGCCUCCGAUGUGCUGGUGUCACGGGCCGCCCGCACCACCACCCUGCUGUAUGCACGACCGCGCUUGGCCCUCACACCCCUCGCUUCCGCCGAUGCCGCCACGAACUUGUAAGAACGAUGCAGAGGAUCGUGUGCGAAGGUUGGAGGCAGACAAGGAAAGUUUGCAGCUACAAGUGCAGGUUCUGUCUGAACAAAUUGCAGCACAGACCGAGAAGAUGGCGGACUUAGAACGAUCACUCCACGACACGCGACAGAAACUGGACGAUACAGAGCAAAGGUUACAGAAGGAAAUGCUGCAACGUUCAUCACUGGAGACGCAGAAGUUAGAACUAUUGUCAAAACUUAGCGAAGUCCGACUUCGAGUAGUGGAGCGUGGUGUACUAGAACGGUCGCCACCACCGGACGCAAUGCCAUUGUCACGCCCAGCACCGCCAAGGACACCGCCAGCGAACUACGGGCGUCAUAUCGAACGCAACACACACCUUUACUCGUCUCUGCCGCGCUCCUCGGUGGUGACGUCAGAGGCGCGCGUCGCGUUUGGUAAACAGAACAACAUGGUGGUGGCGCGCGGCCGCGGACACUCGGUGCCCAAUCUAGCGGAGAAGGAGGAGGCGAUUCCGCGCGGCAGUCCGUCGCCGUCGUUGCGCGAGGUGCGGGCGCGGCUGGGCAGCGGCUCCGUGCGCCUGGAGGGGGGCGAGCUGCGCGCCUCGCUGCGAGCCGCGCCGCGCGCCCGCGCGCAUCACAUGCCCUGGCAAACAACAGACGUGCGCGAGUGGGACUGCGAGACGACUUGCGGGUGGCUAGAGAGCCUGGGACUGGAAACAUACGUAGCAGCCGCUCGAACCUGGCUUGGUGCUACACCCGACGCCAAAGGAGUUAUAGCGAGCGCCUCUCACAAUACCAUUGAAAAGGAAUUGGCUAUAAAACAUCCGAUGCACAAGAAGAAAAUCUUACUCGCUAUUACAGAUUUACUAGGCGGCCAUGGAGAUCCGUUGCUUACGGCGGCGGGACGUUUGGACACCGCAUGGGCGCUGCGCUGGCUCGAAGACGUGGGCGUGUGUGGGGCGCGCGGCGCGGCGGCCGACGCAGCGCUAGACGGCCGCCUGCUGCACCGCCUGGCCCACGCCGAGUUGCACGCACACCUGCGCGUGUCGCACGCACUGCACGCGCUCUCCAUCAGACGAGGCAUCCAAGUACUUCGGGACAACCAGUUCAACCCUGAAACGAUGAUCAGACGCGCGGUUGAAGUGGACUCGAGGCAAACAAGCGGCGACGUGGAGGCGGAAGGCGAGGGCGCCGGCGUAGCGGAGCUGGCGCGCUGGUCGUCGCACCGCGUCAUGCAGUGGCUGCAGGAGAUUGACCUCGCGGAGUACGCGCCCAACCUGCGCGGAGCCGGAGUACACGGUGGACUAAUGUUACUGGAGCCGCGAUUCACGGCAGAACUUUUGGCGGCGUUGCUCAAUAUACCGGCGAAUAAGACUCUAUUGCGGCGGCAUCUUACACAAAGAUUCAAUGAUUUGCUCGGGAGGGAAGUUAUACAGCAAAAACGGAACGCCGAACAAACACUUGGCUACCAGCCUCUCACAGCUACUACCAAAUAUAAAGUACCAAAGAAGAGCCAGUUCUCGCUGAAGCGCAAGAAGAGCCGCGAGGAGCUGGAGAUGGGCGAGCUGGUGUGCCCGCUGCAGGAGGACGCCUCAGACGACGAGGGCAAAGUGAGCGGCGGGCGGCGAGUCGGCUGUCUGUCCCCCGCGUGA